GCGUCCGCUUCCGCCCGCCCGCGACAGUCACGCGCGCACUCCAUUCCACGUCUGCUCCGCUGCGCCGCCUGCGCCCCGUGGCCAGCGUCAGGCAUCAGCCCUCCUCCUCUCUCAUCCUCCCCUCCCCUCCACUCCACUCAACGGGCACACUCCCCGGCCGCGUAGCCAGCACAGGAGCGCGGACGGCAAGAGCAAGGCCUUGUCAGCGAGGAGGAGGCCCAGCUCGGUGCUGGGACGCCAAUGGCGGGGCGGCAUGCGGCGGCGGUUUCCGCGUUCCUCUUCCUGCUGCUCGUGGGGCACUGCCACGGCGGCAAGACCGGCAUCUGCUACGGCCGCAACGCCGACGACCUGCCGGGGCCCGACAAGGUGGCGCAGCUCAUCCAGCAGCAGUCCAUCAAGUACGUGCGCAUCUACGACACCAACGCCGACGUCAUCAAGGCCUUCGCCAACACCAGCGUCGAGCUCAUGGUCGGCGUCCCCAACGCCGACCUCCUUGCCUUCUCGCAGUACCAGUCCAACGUCGACACCUGGCUCAAGAACAGCAUCCUCCCCUACUACCCGGCCACCGCCAUCACCCACAUCACCGUCGGCGCCGAGAUCACCGAGAGCCCCAUCAACGUCUCCGCCCUCGUCGUGCCGGCCAUGCGCAAUGUGCACGCCGCGCUCAAGAAGGUCGACCUGCACAAGAAGAUCACCAUCUCCAGCACGCACUCGCUCGGGGUGCUCUCCCGCUCCUUCCCGCCGUCCGCGGGGGCGUUCAACAGCAGCUACGCGCACUUCCUCAAGCCCAUGCUGGAGUUCCUCGUGGAGAACCAGGCGCCAUUCAUGGUCGAUCUGUACCCCUAUUACGCCUACCAGAACUCGCCCAGCAAUGUCUCGUUGAACUACGCCCUCUUCUCGCCGCAGUCCCAGGGCGUGAUUGAUCCCAACACCGGAUUGGUCUACACAAACAUGUUUGAUGCGCAGGUCGAUUCCAUCUUCUUCGCGCUCAUGGCUUUGAACUUCAAGACACUCAAGAUCAUGAUCACCGAGACGGGAUGGCCGCACAAGGGAGCUCCCAAGGAGACCGGGGCGAUUCCGGACAAUGCUCAGACUUACAACACCAAUCUGAUACGCCAUGUUGUCAAUGACAGCGGCACGCCUGCCAAGCCUGGGGAAGAAAUAGAUGUCUACAUCUUCUCCUUGUUCAAUGAGAACAGGAAGCCGGGCAUCGAGUCCGAGAGGAACUGGGGACUGUUCUCUCCAGACCAAAGCUCCAUCUACAGCAUAGAUUGGACUGGCCGAGGAAAUGUGGACAUCAUGACUGGAGGAAACCGUUCAAAUGGUACUUGGUGUGUUGCUUCAACCAAUGUCUCGGAGACGGCUCUGCAGAAUGGCUUGAAUUGGGCAUGCGGUCCAGGCAAUGUCGAUUGCUCUGCUAUUCAGCCAAGCCAACCCUGCUACCAGCCCGACACAUUGGUUUCACAUGCUUCAUAUGCGUUCAACAGCUAUUAUCAGCAAAAUGGAGCCACUGAUGUGGCCUGCGGAUUUGGUGGUGCUGGAAUGAGGACGACGAAAGAUCCAAGUUAUGACACUUGUGUUUACAUGGCAGCCGGCAGCAAGAUUAGCACCAAAAAUUCAACCGCCACUCCAACUCCAAGCGGCUCCAGCCCGUCACUGUUGGCCCAAUGCCGCACCCUUCUGCUCCCUGUGCUUCCCAUUGUGAUUGCCGUGGGCUUUCUGUGAUUUUCGGAGCACGCUCUAGUUAGUACGUUCGGUUCGAAGGUGAGAGGCUAAUUGCCUAAUACUGGGAACCAGUAAUGUUCUGAUGUGUGGUGAAAGGUGGCAGUAGGGACCUGUUAUGCAGUAUGUUAUUCUGUUUGGAUGUACAUCGCUGCGCGAACAAUAUAUGUUAGUUGCCAUUGAGAACUAGAAAUGUGUUGCCGAUGUGGUCUCUCUAA